AUGGCAUCCAGCUCCCAGCCAAGCUCUGGGGCUGGUACACCCAAGCCAUUCUACCACAACGACAACGGCUCAACAUGCUCAACACACGCCUACACCGAGAAAAACAUCGACGGAAACACCGAAGUUCCCUGGAGCGAUGGCGAACCAGAGCCUCACACCGACGAGGUAAUGCAACUUGCUCGCCAACUCACCAAGCGAUCCAGCGCAGCACCAGGAACUCUCUUCCCCCAGGCAGACGGACCUUUGAACCCCAGCAGCCCAACCUUCAACGCCAAGAAGUGGGCAAAGGCAUUCUAUGGGCUGAGAACUGAUACUUCUGAGGGAAAACCUCCGAGGACAACUGGCUUUGCGUUUCAGAACCUGAAUGUCUUUGGAUUUGGUUCUGAUACUGAUUUUCAGAAGAGUGUUGGAAAUGUAUUCCUCGAAGCCGGGAAUAUGGUCAAGAGAUUGUUGAACAAUAAGCAACGGCGAGUUGAUAUCUUGCAGAAUCUCGAGGGUGUCGUGCAUAGUGGUGAGAUGCUGGCUGUGCUUGGUCCACCUGGCUCAGGCUGUUCAACAUUCCUCAAGACUAUCGCCGGAGAUACCCACGGCUUCCACAUCGACAAUGGCUCCGAACUCAACUACUCCGGUAUUCGUCCCGAAGAAAUGCGAACGGCGUUUCGAGGCGAAGCGAUCUACACAGCUGAAGUUGAUCAUCACUUUGCGCAUCUUACAGUCGGCGACACGCUGUACUUUGCAGCUCGAGCCCGAUGCCCCAAAAAUAUCCCCGAGGGUAUAUCUCGACGCGAAUACGCGGAGCAUCUACGAGAUGUCACUAUGGCGAUGUUUGGUAUCUCGCAUACUAAGAAUACUCGCGUGGGAGAUGACUUUGUGCGAGGUGUUAGUGGAGGCGAGAGGAAGCGUGUGACCAUCGCUGAAGCAGCUUUGAGCUAUUCGCCCCUACAAUGCUGGGAUAAUAGCACAAGAGGUCUCGAUAGUGCUAAUGCGUUGGAGUUCUGUCGGACUUUGAGAACGCAGGCUGAUGUAAUGGGGUGUACUUCUGCUGUUGCUAUCUACCAGGCGUCGCAAGAUGCUUACGAGGUGUUUGACAAGGUACUAGUGCUGUACCAAGGACGACAGAUCUUCUUUGGAAGAACAGGCGAGGCAAAGGCCUACUUCGAAGGACUAGGCUUCGUCUGCCCCGAACAACAAACCACAGCCGAUUUCCUCACCUCAAUGACAAGCCACCAAGAACGAAUCAUCCGCGAAGGCUUUGAAGCCAAAGCACCUCGAUCACCCGGUGAAUUCGCCCAAGCCUGGAAAGACAGUCUACAUCGCCAACAUCUCCUCUCAGAAAUGAACGAGUAUCUCACCCGUCACCCCUUUGACGGCGAACACCUCGAGAAAUUCGUCGAUUCAAGAAAACGAGACCAGGCCAAGUCUCAGCGUAUCAAAUCCCCAUUUACGCUUUCGUACGUUGAGCAGAUGAACCUCACUCUGGGAAGAAGCUGGGUCAUGCUCAAAGCUGAUCCCAGCGUGACCAUUACGCUUUUGCUGUGUAAUCUUGUCGAGUCUCUUGUUAUCAGCAGUAUCUUCUACAACCUUCCAGAAGACACUUCCGCACUCAACAAGCGUGGUUUAUACAUCUUUUUCAUCCUUCUCAUGAACGCUUACAACAACGUCUUGGAGAUCAUGACCCUCUACGCCAAACGAAACAUUGUCGAAAAACACGCUCGAUAUGCCCUGUACCACCCGAGCGCUGAGGCUUUAUCGUCUAUGGUUGUGGAUUUACCGUACAAGAUAUUCAACGCCAUCAUGAUCAAUACGACCAUGUACUUUAUGGGCAAUCUUCGUCGAGAUGCUGGACACUUCUUAUUCUUUCUCUUGGUCUCGUUCAUCACGACGCUGAGUUUCUCGAUGCUUUUCCGACUUAUCGCAUCUCUCACCAAGACUAUUGCCGCGGCUUUGGCCCGUGCCUCUAUUAUGCUUCUUGUCAUCGCUCUCUACACCGGCUACGCUAUCCCACCGCAGUACAUGCCCGUCUGGCUCGGUUGGAUCCGCUGGAUCAACCCGACCUACUACGGUCUCGAAGCUCUCUUCAUCAACGAAUUUGGAGGAAACCAGUACAACUGCUCCGACUUUGUACCCCGCGGCCCUGAGUACGUCGACAUCUCGUCGUCUUCUCAAGCUUGUGCGGUUCAAGGCUCUGUACCUGGAGAGAGCUUUGUUCGAGGCUCUGCAUACCUAUCUUCGGCCUACGGCUACCUCGAUGCGCACAAGUGGCGCAACUUUGCAGCUGUCGUUGGGUUCACGCUUCUGUUCAUGGGCUUGCACUUGAUCGCCACCGAGACCAUCGCUUCUGAGCGGUCCAAGGGCGAGGUUCUUGUGUUUACACGUCAGGAGAUGAAGAAGCAUGCCAACAAGGGCUUGGGUGACGAGGAAUCUGGUGCUGUUGCUGGUACACAGCCCGCAAGUGGCAAUGAAGCUACUGAAGAGGUCACGGAUGUGGAAGAGCAGACUUCUGUAUUCCACUGGAAGAACGUCUGCUAUGAUGUCAAGAUUAAGGGGGAAACGCGUCGCAUCUUGGACCAUGUUGAUGGUUGGGUGAAGCCAGGAACUCUCACUGCGCUAAUGGGAUCUUCAGGUGCCGGCAAGACUACUUUGUUGGAUGUUCUAGCAAGUCGAGUCACAAUGGGUGUCGUAACUGGCGAAAUGCUCGUCGACGGUGCCCUUCGCGACGAAUCCUUCCAGCGCAAAACCGGCUACGUCCAACAGCAAGACCUUCACGUCCACACUUCCACAGUCCGCGAAGCCCUCAACUUCAGCGCCCUUCUUCGACAGCCAGCCCACUACACACGCCAGGAGAAGCUCGACUAUGUGGACACUGUGAUCAGUCUUCUUGAUAUGCAGGAGUACUCUGACGCCAUCAUCGGUGUGCCAGGCGAAGGCCUCAACGUGGAACAACGGAAGCGCCUUACUAUCGGUGUUGAGCUGGCUGCGAGACCGCAGCUGUUGCUGUUCUUAGAUGAGCCUACGUCUGGACUUGAUAGUCAAACCAGUUGGUCCAUUUGCAACUUGAUGCAGAAGUUGACCAACAACGGCCAAGCUAUUCUUUGCACUAUUCAUCAACCUUCCGCCAUGCUAUUCCAGCGCUUCGACCGUCUUCUCUUGCUAUCUCGUGGCAAGACCAUUUACUUUGGUGACAUUGGCAAGAACUCCAAGGUUCUGGUGGACUACUUUGUUCGCAACGGAGCACCUCAGUGUCCCGCUGGUGUCAACCCUGCUGAGUACAUGCUUGAGGUCAUUGGUGCUGCGCCUGGUGCACAUACGGAAGUCGACUGGCCUGAAGUUUGGAGUCAUUCGAGGGAGCGUGAACUUGUUCAGCAGGAGCUUGAGAGACUUGCCAUCGAAGGAAACGCUCGAGCUAAGGUGGACGAUGGUAUGAUGUACAAUGAGUUUGCUGCUACGUCUUCUAUCCAGUACUGGCAAGUUACCAAGCGUUUGUUUCAGCAAUACUGGAGAAGCCCUGGAUACAUCUACUCUAAGGUCAUCCUAUCUGCCGGAGCAUCGCUUUUCAUCGGUAUUUCGUUCCUCAAUGGAGAAAACACUGAGCGAGGUCUUCAAAACCAAAUGUUCGGCAUUCUCAUCUUCCUCACAAUUUUCACCCAAGUCGUCCAGCAAAUGCUCCCUGACUACGUCGCCCAACGGACCAUGUACGAAGCACGCGAACGACCAUCAAAGACAUACUCUUGGAAAGCAUUCAUGGUAUCGACAGUUUUGGUAGAACUUGCAUGGAACUCACUCAUGGCUGUGCUUUCGUUUAUAUGCUGGUAUUUCCCAACUGGCAUGUACCGCAAUGGCUACGAAACCGAUGCGACGCAUUCUCGCAAUGUCACUGUGUUUUUGUUCGUGUGGAUGUUUUUCAUGUUCACAAGUACGUUUGCGCAUAUGAUCAUUGCUGGAUUUGAUACUGCGGAAGUUGCGGGUGGACUUGUCACUUUACUCAUGAUCAUGAUGUUUUCCUUCUGCGGUAUCCUUGCAACACCAGAGGAACUUCCUGGUUUCUGGAUCUUCAUGUACCGCGCCUCGCCGUUUACUUAUGUAGUAGAAGGUCUGAUGGGCACGUCCAUGGCCAACGCCAACGCAGGCUGCGAGUCCAAUGAAUUGAUCACCUUCAGCGCCCCCAACGGAUCAACCUGCGGGGAGUACAUGAAGAGCUACAUCUCUGAGAUGGACGGAUAUCUCGCUAAUAGUGGUGCGAGCGAGUGUCAGUACUGUCCGAUCUCUGAUACCAACCGGUUUUUGGAGGACAAGAGUAUGAGCUAUGGAAACAGAUGGAGGGACUUUGGCAUCUUGUGGGCGUUUUGUGUGUUUAAUGUUUUGGCAGCUUUUGGUAUUUACUGGACUUUCAGAGUGCCUAAGAAGGGCAAGGGGAAGAAGGAGUAA